AUGUCGGCUGAAACUGUGGGUAUUUCAGCAAUGAUUAUUCCACCAGAUCAAAUGAAACCAAAAUCACGAAAACGGAAGAAUAGUGGAGAUGGCGAAGGAGCAACAACAUCAACUGGAAGUGGAAGAACGUUGAAGGUAGGUUCAACAGUUUUCAGAAAAAUUCCAUAGAAAAUCAUUCCAGCAGUAUUCUGUCGAUGAAAAGCUGAGCAUUAUUGAGUAUGCGAAAUUGAGUGGAAAUCGAGCGGCUGGAAGAGAAUAUAAUGUGGCUGAAAGUAGUAUUCGAGAAUGGCGGAAGAAUGAGCAGAAGUUAAUGUAAGUCAAGGUUUUCUAAAAAAAAAUUGGAACAAAUCCAAAUUUCUUGCAGAAACACUCGGAAUGCUUCGGCUGGAAUAAUUUUCAAUAACAAUCACAUGAAAUCGAAAGAAGAAAAACUACAAGCUGAAAGAUUUGCUGCACAAUUCAAUCUUUUCAACAUCGGCUAUCCAACAAUGUUACCAAUGUUUUCUCAACAUUUUCCACCGAUUCUCACUGCACCAACAACUUCGGAAUCUGUUGGAACUCCAAGUUCAUCCAGUUCACAUUCAUCAUCAUCCACUCCACCUCCCUUGGUCUCAAGUUCACCAACUCCUUCUGGUGCGGGACGUCGGAAAUCUCGCGCACCUCAAAAAGUUCUACAAGAACCAUAA